UUCUCCUUCGCUGGAGAAUAACAAACUGUAAAAAGCACGCUGCAUGUGGCUUUUUUUAUUCUUCAUUUACACCACCAAACAACCGGACUGGAAUGGAUUUUUAUGAGAUGCUUUCAGGCAGCCGGUCUUGGCUUUGAAAUGCGCGUGAUUACCGGGAGGGCUUCAUGGAGGAUCAGCCCGUAAACUCGCCUGUUGCAGCCUCCAACGCCAAGUAAAGAGGAUCACACGGAGGACACGCUUUUUUUUUAAAGACUCCUAUAGCCGCGAAGCUUCCUCUGUUCCUGCUCCCAUCCAAGCCGGAGCAACCGACGGAGAGAGCAGCAAACCAGGAGGCUGAUUUCUUAUUUUUAACCCCUCUAUUUUCUUUUUGAUUGGCUCUAUCUCCUUUUUUUAUUUUGUUGUGAAAACUGGACACCCUCCCCUCAUUAAAUACACCCACCCGAUCUAUGUGGGAGCCCUGAGAGCGCACCCAGGGGGGGAAACUGUGAAUCAAAGCUCUGCGGGUCAGCAUCGAAGCACCGGGGACCGAGAAGAAGUCCCUGCCGGGGCCCCGAAACCGAUAUGCCGCGGAGGAAGCAGGAGGCGCCUCGGCGCGCAGCAGCAUACGUCCCAGAAGAUGAGAAGGAAGCAGCCCUGUUGGAUGAGGACCUUGAAGGAGAUGACUCAGCACAGGAAGGGGAGGAGCCUGCCGCUAAGUUCCUAUGUCAGGAGAGGCCGGGAUCCACUGGCUUCCAUGACUCCCCCAAUGCAGCUGACUUUUCUGGGCAAGAGCUGGACAGCGAGUCUCACCUGAGCGAAUCCAGUGACAGAUUGUCUGAUUUCGAGAUAUCGUCACUUAAAAAUGAGGAUGAUAUGCUCCUCUCUAAAGACCCGAAUGCCCUUUCCCUGUCCUCCCCCUCUGUCAUGAUGGCUGCUGCCACUGCUGCUGCAACAGUAACUGGAGAUGAGGCCAUAUUAGCGACAACAGGGUCCGUGGCUGACAGCCUGGAGAAGAUGAAGGCCAUUUACACCUCCUUCCUGACCAACUCCUAUUGGUCCACACUGAAUCUAAACCUGAGCCAGCCCCCUCCAGAGAAACCCCCUCGCAGUCACAGCAGCAACAGCAGCAGCAGCAGUAGCAGUAGCUGUGGAAGUGGAGGCUACGACUGGCACCAGACAGCUAUGGCUAAGACCCUCCAGCAGGCAUCACAGAACCACCACAACAGAAUAGGCAUGGUUCAACACCCCACAGUGGCUGUAUCUGCAGCAUCUACGGAGCACAACCUAUUUAGUACCGUCCAGCUGUACCGGCAGAGCUCCAAGCUGUAUGGCUCCAUAUUCACUGGUGCCAGCAAGUUCCACUGUAAGGACUGCAGUGCGGCCUACGACACACUAGUGGGGCUCACGGUGCACAUGAAUGAGACAGGACACUACCGCGACGAUAACCACGAAACGGAUGGUGACGGUGCUAAACGGUGGUCGAAACCAAGAAAGCGGUCAUUGCUAGAGAUGGAAGGGAAGGAGGAUGCACAGAAAGUCCUCAAGUGCAUGUACUGUGGGCACUCCUUCGAAUCCCUGCAGGACCUAAGCGUCCACAUGAUCAAGACGAAACACUACCAGAAAGUGCCUCUGAAAGAGCCUGUUACACCAGUGGCAGCUAAGAUUAUCUCCUCGGCUAGAAAGAGAGUCCCUAUGGACCUAGACAUCCCUAGCUCACCAGACUCUAAUGGAGGCACCACACCUAAGCCCAACUCACACAACGACUCUCAUGACAUACACCAGAAGGUCACCAAUCCUUACAUCACACCUAACAACCGCUAUGGACACCAGAACGGUGCCAGCUAUGCCUGGCAGUUUGAAUCUAGGAAGUCACAGAUCCUCAAAUGCAUGGAGUGUGGCAGCUCUCAUGACACACUACAAGAGCUUACUGCUCACAUGAUGGUAACCGGACACUUUAUUAAAGUCACCAACUCUGCUAUUAAGAAAGGCAAACCCAUUUUAGAAAUGUCCAUCCCAACCCCCACACCCAUUUUAACAGAAGAAAAGUUCCAGUCUGUUCCCCUGGCUGCCACAACCUUCUCCCCUCCACCUGCCCCGGUGCCUCCUCCAACCAGCAUCUCCCCCACUGCCAUGGUUGUGGAGAUAAAAAAAGAGGAGAAGGAGGAGGAAUGCACAAAAGAGUCCAUCAUGAACAAUGGUAGUCUCAAGGAGAGGAAGGCAGGAGGUGAGGAUGAGGCUGAAGAGAAGUUUGACGUUAAUUCAAAAUACUCUUAUCUGACCGAGGAAGAUCUUGAUGAAAGUCCAAAAGGGGGUUUUGACAUCCUCAAGUCCUUGGAGAACACAGUGACAUCAGCCAUCAACAAAGCCCAGAAUGGUGCUCCGAGCUGGGGUGGAUAUCCCAGUAUCCAUGCUGCUUACCAGCUCCCAAACAUAAUGAAGCUCUCGCUUGGCAACACUGGAAAGAGCUCUGCCCUUAGAUACAUGUUCCCUGGGGGAGAUACUUUUUCUCAUACCGGUAAAAACCAGCCUCUAAUCUCCCAUCACAGGAGCCAGAACUCCCUGCUGCCAAAAAACAACUUCCAUGCUAUGGAGGAACUGGUCAAGAAAGUGACAGAGAAAGUGGCCAAGGUAGAGGAGAAAAUGAGAGAGCCCAGCAGUGCUGUGAGGGCAUCACCUCUGAGACGUACCACACCUUCACCGUGCAACAGCGAGGCAGGGGACUCAGCCCGAGGAGAGUCACCCAAAGAAAACAGAGCAGGAGCCUGUACAACUCCAGAGAAUACAAGUGAAGCAGAAAAAGUAGUCGGUGAUGGAAGCGGAGCCAAUCACAGAGAUUCAAACGGAGAUACAUCCAUAAAAGAAACAGCGGAGAAUGGAGUGGAGUCCACUGCUAUGACAUCCCCCCUGCCUGCCUCCCUGUUAGGAAGUACAGCUAUCAUCACAGACCAUCCACCUCCAGAACAGCCAUUUGUCAACCCUCUCAGCGCACUGCAGUCAGUAAUGAACGCCCACCUGGGGAAGGCCUCUAAGCCCGCCCUGCCCUCCCUUGACCCCAUGAGCAUGCUGUUCAAGAUGAGCAACAGCCUGGCAGAGAAAGCAGCGGUGGCAUCUUCCACCCCACCAGCACAGACCAAAAAGUCGGGUAAUGACCGCUUAGACCGAUACUUCUACCAGCAACAUGUCAACAGCGACCAACCUAUUGAUCUCACCAAAGGUAAACAUGCUGACAAAAAUGGCAGUAGUGGUUCUCUGGGUUCAACAGCUCUCUCUUCCACCACCACCCCGUCCUCAAUUUCUCCAUCCUCCACUGUAACUAUGACCAAAGCCUCUGCUGCAGUAGCUUCCUUUAUGUCCAGCUCCCCUUUGAGAGAAAACGCACUGUCAGAUAUCUCUGACAUGUUGAGGAACCUGACAGAAAGUCAGUCCGUCUCCAAGUCCUCCACCCCUACCAGCCUGUCUGAGCGCUCCGACAUUGAAGGUAUGACACAAGAGGAUAUGGAUGAUGUGUCACCAGCCCAGAAACGCAAAGGCCGACAGUCCAACUGGAACCCUCAACAUCUCCUCAUCCUACAAGCCCAGUUUGCCGCCAGUCUGAGACAAACAAGCGACGGCAAGUAUGUGAUGUCGGACCUUAGCCCGCAGGAGAGAAUGCACAUCUCCCGUUUCACAGGCCUCUCAAUGACCACAAUAUCCCACUGGUUGGCUAACGUCAAGUACCAGCUGAGGAGAACCGGUGGCACCAAGUUCUUGAAAAACUUGGAUUCCGGUCACCCAGUAUUCUUCUGCAGCGACUGCGCCUCUCAGAUCCGUUCGCCAUCCACCUACGUCAGCCACUUGGAAUCCCACUUGGGUUUCCGUCUGCGAGACCUGGCCAAGCUUUCUGGGGAGCUUCUCAGUCAGAUUUCGCAGCAACAUCAUCAACAACGCCACACCAAAGGACUAUCUGAAAAACUGCUUGCUAAUCUUCACCCAUCCAGCCACCCUUUAGCCUCCUCUCUACCCACAUCCCUAGCUUCUUCCUUACCCAUCUCCCUGCCCUCUUCUUUAACCACCUCGACUGAAUCCCCGUCACCCUCCCCAGAAGACGAUGAGAUUGCCGCUAUGUUCCAGUGCAAGCUCUGCAACCGGACUUUUGCGAGCAAGCACGCAGUCAAGCUUCACCUGAGCAAGACUCAUGGGAAGUCCCCUGAGGACCAUCUCAUGUAUGUGUGUGAGCUGGAGAAACAGUAGCACUGGCUGGGGACAAUGCUGCGUUCUUUUUAACGGCUCACUCUGUCUUGCUGUCUCUCUUAAGACUUUCACAGACAUUUCUGAAAACUAAAGAAAGGAUUAUUAACGUGACGGAACUGCACAAAGAUGCCAUUCAACUACUGUUUUGAGUUUUGGCACAUAGUUUUACAUUUUGUGUUGUAGCAGUUGUUUCUUUUUCUUUAGUUGCUGUGUGAGGUAGACUCACUCUGACCUAAGACACUUGAUUUUAGUGAUCUCCUUUGACAGGAAAAAUGACUUUUUUUCUAAAUGUGUAGAUGGGGGCUUCUGUCAUUGAGAAGAUACAGUAUAUGAAGGUUUAAAACAAGAGAUUCUAAAAUGAAGUGAUGUGAAACUUGUGUACAUGGAAUUAAGUUCCUUUAUAUUUUGACAUCACUGGGAUGUGAUAAGCUGCAUGCAUAAAUGAAACAGUUUAGUUAAACGUUUUAUAACUAAAUCUGGUGCACUUUCCAUGAUUUAUUUUUCUUUUGUUUUACUCUGUUUGUUUUUUUUCUUUUUUGUGCUGGAGUCAGCAUUUUAAAUUUAACCCUCUGAGUACGUCAAAGCACUUCUUCACCUAAGAUCCAAACGCUAUUGACUCAAGAUUUGAUAUUGUGAAUUAUUGAAGCUAUUGUGAGAAAUAGAUGUGUUUCCAGGAUAUACAGUGUCUAAUCCUAGCAACAAGGGGAUACUCUAUUCAAUGCAAGGUUUUCAUCCUGGGAUUAAUAUUUGUUUGAGGUAUGUUUGCAGGAUUUGACACAAUAUGUAGCUAUGUGGUAAAAAUGCAAAGGAAAAAAAUAAGUGUUUUACUUUGGUCGAUCAGGGACCUAUAUUAAUUCAGGUCUGUGUACAAUAUGUAUAUAAAAACAUUAAGUAAUUCCUGUCUAAAUUAUGCAUAAUUUCUAUAUUUUUUAAUUUAAAAGGAUUAUGACUAUCUGCUGGUGCACAGUAUAUGAAGACAUGAAUAAAAUUGUUUUGCACAAUAGUUUUAUAAAUGUGUUAUUUAAUCAAAAGGAUACGAAAAAAAAGAUAGGUAGCAAAAGGAUGACAACAGGUGAAUCUUUUUAUUCCCAACUCGUGCUCAAAGGGUUAAAGACUCUCUUUACCAGACACUACUACAUGUGCCACUGUAUGAACACUUAAAAGAUAUUAAAAGGUUGUACAAAAAGAUGUUACUUUAUAAAGAUAUUUCACAUGUAAACUGUUAUUUAUAAGCACUCUUGGUUGUUUCAUAUCGUUGAAUGCCUUUUUCGAUUGGUCCUAUCUUUUUGUUCUGUCUAAUUACUCUGCCAUGAUUCCACACUGCAGCUUUAUAUUUUUGGGAUAUGAAAGGUAACCAUGGUUACACUAACCUCUUGAGUGACAAGAUCUGCUACAUUUUCUGGCAGUUAAUUUGCUGAAGUAACUGACAGCUGCCAGGGUAGAGAAAUAAAAAAAAGAAUCCUUAUGUGUAAAAUAUCGGCAUGUAAACAGCACAGAUACUGUAAUGCAUUCUGUGCCGUUAGUCUUUUUUCAUUUCCUUUUCUGUUGUUGUUGUUGUUCUUGACAAUGAACCCCCAUUAUAUGACUUCAUAUAACCUUGUUUUCUACUGCAGCAUUAAAAAAAGGAAACUGUUUUUUGCAA